ACAAUAUUCAUGAAUUUAAAUUUAGCGUAAUUUUAAAAUUUAGAGAAACUAAACUAAUGAUCCAACUUUCUAUUUAAGUGAACUAACUGUGGGUACAGAAAAAUGGUUCAUUGUGCCGUUGAAAGGUGUAAAAACAAUUCAGUUAAAAUAAAAAAGGACAUAGACGGCAUUACUUUUCACAGAUUUCCUUGUGAUCCUGAUAGAAAACGUCAGUGGGAGAUAUCUUUGAACCGAGAUAAGAAAUGGUCGGCAACACCAUCUAGUGUGGUCUGCUCUGAACAUUUUAAUGCCCAGGACUUCUACUUGACAGAGAGUGGACUACGGAGACUGUGCAUAGCUGCUGUACCUACUAUUAAUAUAUCUAUAUGUCAGACUCCAACACCAACAAUAUCCAACACACCAAUAGUGGACAUAAAACCUACAGACACUGAAGAAGUUGUUAGAUUAAAACUCAAAGUGCGCAGGUUAGAAGUUAUUGCAGACAAUAGAAAGAGGAGACUCAUUCACAUGUGGCAAGGGAAAAAGAGAAUGAAAAAGAAAAUUCAGUAUAUGAAGAGUAUAAUCAAAGAUUUAAUUAGAUAUAAACAGGAUGAAUUGAGGGAAGGUGAUAAUUUAUUGUAGCUUUGUAAUAUAGUUAGAAUCACAGUUUAUUGCUGUUUAGUCAAAAUCAAGAUCUCAACACCAUAAUGCCAGGCCAUUUUGGGAUAAUGUCAGGGUAAAAAGUCCAGGCUGCUUGACUUUUUCCGACUCGACAAUUAUUGUUGUAUUUAAACUAAACAAUACCAUGACAUUUUAUAUACUUGAACCUGCCUUAUGAAUCACCCUAUAUAUUGCUGAAAACUAUAUCAAAAUCUGUUCAUUCUGUAUUGUAGUCUUUGAAUUUAUCGCGACCAGACAGACAGUCCUGGCUGAUGACUGACAACUGAUUAUUGCAGCUGUUUUGUGUAAUAUAAAUCUAUGUUGUACAUUAGUGUACACGAAAUUUUCAACGAUAAAACAAAGGAAGGUUCUCAAUUCAAUGUGUAUAUUUUUAUGUAUGAACACGCAUAACUUUUUACUGAGUAAAUAGAUUUAGAUAAUUCUUUUUU